AUGAAGCUGAUUGGUACGGGGGGCGGAGCUUCCUGGUUUAAAGCCAGCAGCAGAGGCUGCUUGAGGAGAGCGGAGCAGGUGUUUCCUCUUUGUGGAGAAGCUCAGGCCAUGUCACGGCAGCUUUUUACCGAUCUGAGGCGCAGUGGGGGGAACUACAUCCCGUCAGGUCGACAGAUCCCCAGAACUCCUCCUCCUGUGACCAUCCACACCACGGCGAUGAAGACUCCCACCGGAGAUCCAGACAGCAGCGAGCACACCAGGACGUGUGAUUUCAGUUGUUCUGCAGUAGAAACAGACGACCCCACCUCCGUGCUGAGAGGAAUGAAGGGCUAUCAGCUGACUCCGGGGGACUUGGAAUUCAUUAAAAAGAUGAAAGAGGAGCAGCUCGUGAAAAAACUGGAGGGAGACCUGACGGAGCUGCAGGAGCUGAUAGAAGUGGAAACGGUGGCCCUGGAGUGGACAGAGGCUUCCCGGCAGAAGGCGCAGGCUGAGCUCCACGCCUUUCCGUCCUGUGAGGAGCUCGCCCAGUGGCUGAAGGUGCUCCUCAGGACGACGUCUCCUCUGGCCGAGCUGACGGACGUGGACACCAGGUGUCUCCUGGCCGCGGUGACAGCCGAGGACGUGCAGAGCGUCAGUGAUGAGAAGAGGACUGAGCUCAGUGAGAUGAAGAAAGUGGUGGCAGACAAAAGACAGAAAGAAGCUGAGCAGAGGAGGCAGCUCGAAAAAGAAACGGCCGCUAAACAACUGAAGAUACUGACGCUGAGGAGGGAGUUGUGUGACCUGAAGUCUGAGCUGGCACAGCAAGAGGAGGCCUUCAAGCUGAAGUCUGGAGCAGCUUCAGAGAAUCCAACCAAGUCUGUUCCAGCAGCCAGAGGGAAGCAGAACAAAGUCCAAGAGCAAGAAUUCAGUUCACAAGAGGCUGAACUCGCUACUAGGGGGGCGAGGAGAAAACCUGCUGGAGCUGCUCAGGCCACAGCUUCACAACCCAAACGUCCAGAGAAAGCAGGAGAAGCUUGGUCCAUGUCCCAGCAGCUGGCGGCACCACGGAGCAGAAAGAAAGCUGCUGCUGGAGAGGAGGCCCAGAACACUGGUCUGAGAAGAUCCAAGAGGAUCGCCACCAGGAGGUACCAGGCAGGCUUUGACUGUAUCGUUGGUGUAGUUUCCAGGCUGCGCCACCAGAGGGAGCCUCAGUGA